AUGUUAUACCUUACUGAAGGGUCAGUUUCAAAUGUGGUGAAUGUUGUUGGUGGUUCUCGUAAAAGUCAUGAUAUUCUUCAAGAAUCUCAAGCUAUUAAAGUUUUAGAAGCACUUGAAAAUGGUAAAUUGAUUAGUGGAAUUAGCCAAAAUCAAGAAUCUACUCUUAAACGAGCAAGAGACACACGCCUUCAUUUGAUGAGAAAUAUCCUAGGGAUCACUUAUGAACUGUCACAAGCUUUGCAAGGGAAAGAUCAAGAUAUUGUGAAUGUUAUGACAUUGGUCAAAAUUGCUAAACAACGGUUGCAAGCUAUGCGAGAUGAAGGAUGCAAUUAUUUAUUUGAUGACAUUACAAUGUUUUCUUUUGAUAAGGAAAAUUUGUUGUGCUUUGCUCAAAUUUACCCGAUUAAAUUUUCUAUAGUACAGCUUGUUACUCAUGAUAAUCAAUUGAAGACAUAUAUUCCUGAUAUGAAGUCCAGUGCUAACUUUUCAAAUUUGACAGGAAUUAGCAAUCUUGCUGAAAAAAUGGUGAAGACAAAAAGGAAUGUGCUAUAUCCUUUGAUUUAUAGGCUUAUAACAUUGGCCUUAAUUCUACCUGUCGCAACAGCUUCUGUCGAGAGAGCAUUUUCUGCUAUGAAGAAUGUGAAGAAUCAAUUGCGCAAUCGAAUGAGAGAUUAA